CAUCUGAUCAACUAAAUAUAAGAAGAAAUGUUCUGCCUGAGGAGGUUCACUGUUUCCAUCGCAUGCACGCUCUUCUUCAUAAUUCAGCCAGGUCAAGGUUCUGAGAUUAUUGAAGGACAAGAAGUCAGGCCACACUCACUGCCUUUCAUGGCUUAUGUGUUGAGUGAGAAUAGUUCCUGUGGAGGGACAUUAAUCCAUCCAAAAUGGGUCCUGACGGCCGCCCACUGCACUAAUGUGUAUCUGGUGAUCCUCGGAGUGCACUCCAUGACAAAAAUGGAAGAAGGUUCUCGGCAGCUCCGAGCAAUUAAGGAACGUUUUCGUCAUCCAGACUAUUCCUACCGCAGCAAUGACCUCAUGUUGCUCAAGCUGAAGAAAUCUGUGAAGAAAACCAAGACGGUAAAUUGGCUCAAGUUGGGCAAAGCUGUCAGAGACCCUGCAGCUGGCAGCAAGUGUCUGGUGGCUGGAUGGGGAGAAACUGAAAACAGCAAAACCUCAGAUGUCCUCAUGUCUGUCAAUGUGACUGUGGUCAACAGAGAGAAGUGCAACUCUCGUGAUUAUUACAACCACGACCCUGUAAUCACCAGUGACAUGAUCUGUGCUGGUUCAAGUGGUGCAAACAAGGCUGAUACCUGUAAAGGGGAUUCAGGAGGGCCGCUGUUGUGCAAUGGAGAGCUGGUUGGAGUCACUUCUUUUGGACGGGGUUGUGGCAUCAUUGAUAAACCUGGAGUCUAUUCAUUUGUCUCUGAGAAGCAACUCAAGUGGAUCAAAAAAACGAUGAAAUAAUCUGAAACGUCAUGAAUCCACAGGCAUCAGUCCAUGUGAGCUGAGCAAGAUGGGAAUCUUUGAUGCUUUGAUAAAUAUGUCGAUGCUUUCGCUGUAGACUUCUGACUUGAUCAUUAUCCAUUUUAUCAUUUCAUUGUUUCUCUUAUAUUUUAUGAUAUUUUAGUUUCUGCCAGCUUGCUUUAAUUUUUACAGACUGCUCUUAUAUGAUAGCAGCACGCUCAUGGUCAGCCCUUUCCACUGAAGGAACUUAAGGCAGGGACAAGGUGGCAAAAGCAUUGAUAGGAUUGACCCCCUAACCACAUAUUUAGCCUUUCUGUGUACAAAAAUGGACACAGUCACUGUGAUGGUUUAUGAAUUACCGUUUGGCAUUUUGGCUGUCGUCACUACAGACCGAACAUAAAUGUGGAUAUCCCUGUAAGCGUUUCCAUGAGAACAGCUCCCAAAACAAGUAAAUUCCUGCAGAGGAAAAUGACCUUUUUACUUUUAUUGUGCUUUUGUAUUUUCGUGUUUGUGAAAAGAUGUUAUUUUUAAUCAAAUCUUAACGUGUCUUUUUCCAAAUAACAUAAAGUAUCCCCAAAUAUGAGUGCUCCUGUUUAUUACAGAUGAUCACCACUGUUGCAAAAGGACCAGCGGAAAGCAUUUUUUUAUGUACACCCAAAAGCCAUUAAAUUAAAACACCAGAGUGAGAUCAUGCAGGCUGUCAGGCAGACAGAUUUACCACCUCCUGUAUUAUCAUCUUAAACUGAAAAUGAGGCUUGUGGAAAGAUUUUUUUGACAAUGAUAAAUUCUUGAGCAUGAUUUCCUGUUUGUUCAUUUCUCAUUCCGUGUAUUUGUGCUUGUA